AUGGCUGCAGCGAAUCUAACCAAAGAAUCUAACUGUCAUAACUGCAAUGACCUUCAUCCUUCAGAGCACAGCCUUGUUCAGCGAAUCGUUAUCAGUCGUGAUAACUUGCUAUCACAUCGCAAGUUUGGAUGGAAACCUCCUAUGGAAGCUAUGAUUACUUGUAAAGCUUUGGGGAUCCCUAAAUACAGAGGCAAGCCAGGUGGCCAAUGCAGGAGACUACGCGCCUGCUGUCUCAACCGCCAAGAACAGAACAUCAGUGUUGUUACUGGCAACAGAGAGGGAACAUAUAAGAUGAGAGUUAAGCCGUUAGCUGGAGCAAGAUGUCUUGUAUAUAUACCUUGCUCGCCGGUUUUAAAUGUACCGGUACUAUCUCCUCUAUACAUCACCCAUUGCUGAUAUCAUAAAGUUCCACAAGCUACAGUAUCAUUUAUACGCAGAUGAUACCCAGCUGUAUAUAUCGUUUAGAACUGACUGUAGCUAUGAUCUUUCUUUGGCUAAGCGUCGUGUCGAAUGCUGUGUAAACGACGUUGAUUGUUGGAUGGUGAACAAUGGUCUUAAACUGAACUUGUUCUCAUCAGCUCAAAAUUUCGUUGCAGGCUUUCUCUGGAGUUUAUCCAGGUGGUUGAUGAGAAGAUCCAACCCAAACCCUCCGCCCGAAAUCUGGGGGUGAUUAUGGAUCAGUGUCUUGAUUUAACCGACCAUGUUAACAAAAUCUGCGUUUCCUGUCAGUAUCAUUUAAGGAACAUAGCAUACGAUCAGGAAGUACUUAAGUGAAGAUACCUCUCAAAUUUUAGUACAUCCGUUUAUUAGCUCUAAACUCGAUAACUGUAACUCUUUGUUAUAUGGUCUUCCUAAACACCUGUUAAACAGGUUAAGACUGAUACAAAACACUGCUGCAUGCAUUGUUACAUUAUCUAAGCGGUUUGACCAUAUCACUCAUAUCCUGUUCAAACUUCAUUGGUUGCUGUUGGGUUAUCUCUUAGUUUACAAAUGUCUAAAUGGCUUGGCACCAAUUUACCUAUCCGAACUUUUACGCUACACUAAUGGUCCACGAUUACUUCGUUCUAGUUCCCAGAAUUUUCUAGCCGUGCCUAGGACUAGGUUAAAGACGUAUGGUGAUAGGGCUUUUUCCGCAGCUGUUCCUAGGUUAUGGAACCAAUUGCCCCCUGAACUCAGGAGUGUUACAUCUGUCGACCAGUUCAGGUCGCAGUUGAAGACAUACUUAUUUAAAUUAGCCUACAAUGUUUGAUUUUAGUAGCUUUAUUUAAUUUUUAUUUUAUCAUAUAAUAGUUUUUGACGCUAGUUUCUUACCGUGUUAUUGUACAGCGCUUUGAGCAAUUAGUGGAUAUCGUGCUAUAUAAGUGUCUAUUAUUAUUAUUUUUAUUAUUAUUAUUAUUAUUACAGAGGAGAUCUGAGUUUGCUGUGCCCAAGUUCAUGUUUAUCAACAUUUGCUCUCUGACUAACACUAAGAAUCAAGUAAGGGCACCUAUCGCACUUGAAGCAGAUAUGAAAAAUAUGGACAUUGAUAUUUGUGUUGUUUCAGAAACAUAUCUGAAACAAGACAUUCCCAAUGCUAUUGUGAAUAUACCAAAUUACUCGAUUCUCAGACGAGACAGGAACUGGGCUGGUACUGAUAAAAGGAGUAAAGGAGGAGUUGCAAUCUACAUAAGGAACAAUUUACAUGUAGUCAAUGCUUACAGAUCUGAUCUAUAUGAAAUGAUCUGUGUUAUCAUUCUUCUUCCCACGGGGCACGGUAUGUUAAUUUCUGCACUCUACAAUCCCCCAAGCACAAUUACCAGGAAUGUGAUUUAA